CACGGACAGCAGCAGCGGACUUGGGUUGAGGUUCCCGGGCGGGCGCGGAGAGACGCGGGAAGCAGGGGCUGGGCGGGGGUCGCGGCGCCGCAGCUAGCGCAGCCAGCCCGAGGGCCCGCCGCCGCUGCCGCCCAGCGCGCUCCGGGGCCGCCGGCCGUCGCCAGCACCCGCCGCCCCGCAGCUCCGGGACCGGCCCCGGCCGCCGCCGCCGCGAUGGGUAACGCCGCUGCCGCCAAGAAGGGCAGCGAGCAGGAGAGCGUGAAAGAAUUCUUAGCCAAAGCCAAAGAAGAUUUUCUUAAAAAAUGGGAAAAUCCCGCUCAGAAUACAGCCCAUUUGGAUCACUUUGAACGAAUCAAGACCCUCGGCACGGGCUCCUUUGGCCGGGUGAUGCUGGUGAGACACAAGGAGACGGGGAACCACUAUGCCAUGAAGAUCCUUGACAAACAGAAGGUGGUAAAGCUGAAACAGAUCGAGCAUACCUUGAAUGAAAAACGCAUCCUGCAAGCAGUCAACUUUCCAUUCCUCGUGAGACUCGAGUUCUCCUUCAAGGUGGGGUCCCAGUGGCCAGGGCUCGGGAUGACUACACUGGGUCCCAACCAUCAGGACAAUUCAAACUUAUACAUGGUCAUGGAAUAUGUUCCCGGUGGGGAGAUGUUCUCACACCUACGGCGGAUUGGAAGGUUCAGCGAGCCUCAUGCCCGUUUCUACGCGGCCCAGAUUGUCCUGACCUUCGAAUACCUACACUCGCUCGAUCUCAUCUACCGGGACCUGAAGCCAGAGAACCUCCUCAUCGACCAGCAGGGCUAUAUUCAGGUGACAGACUUCGGUUUCGCCAAGCGCGUGAAGGGCCGCACCUGGACCUUGUGCGGGACCCCUGAGUACCUGGCCCCUGAGAUUAUCCUGAGCAAAGGCUACAACAAGGCUGUGGAUUGGUGGGCCCUGGGGGUUCUCAUCUAUGAGAUGGCUGCUGGCUACCCGCCCUUCUUCGCUGACCAACCCAUCCAGAUCUAUGAGAAGAUCGUCUCUGGGAAGGUGCGGUUCCCUUCCCACUUCAGUUCUGACUUGAAGGACCUGCUGCGGAACCUCCUGCAGGUGGAUCUCACCAAGCGCUUUGGGAACCUCAAGAAUGGGGUCAAUGAUAUCAAGAACCACAAGUGGUUUGCCACGACUGACUGGAUUGCCAUCUACCAGAGGAAGGUGGAAGCUCCCUUCAUACCAAAGUUUAAAGGCCCUGGUGAUACGAGUAACUUUGAUGACUAUGAGGAGGAAGAGAUCCGGGUCUCCAUCAAUGAGAAGUGUGGCAAGGAGUUUUCUGAGUUUUAGGGGUGUGCCUGUGCCCCCAUGGGUUUUCUUUUCUUUUUUUUUUUUUCUUUUUUUUUUGGGGGGGGGCGUUGGAUUGAACAGCCAGAGGGCCCCAGAGUUCCUUGCAUCUUAUUUCACCC